AUGUCUGCUUUAGCUCUACCAUCCGAGUAUGGUUAUGUUAUAUUGACUGGUAUUUCUAGCAUCUUUAUGGUCACGUAUUUGGCUGUACAAGUUGGGAAAGCAAGAAAGAAGUUUAAUGUUAAUGUAUGUAUACUUAAAUAAACAACGAAUAUCUUGGCUAAAUUUUCAACGAACAUUUCACGCUAUUAAUUUAAUAUUAUCCCGGUGAUAAUUAUAGAUCAAUAUUAUAUAAUUGCGAGUCCUUGACAUUAUCCCUGAUUACUAUCCUAUAUUUUCCAGACAAACCGUCCGAAGACAGCAGCUAUUUAUAUAUCGCUUAUUUUGCAAUCUUGAAAUGUUCUAUUUACAUUAUUAGGUAAAGUUAUGUUGCCCCCCCCCCUGGAAUAGCUGCACACACAUACCCCUGAUAAAUGAGUCUACUACACUUUUCAUAGGCAGAUUUAGGUUGAAAUCACUAGCAUCCCCCCCUGAAAAUGUUUAACGGGGAACAUGAUUUUGAGAACAUAUCAUUGCAAAUGUGGUGGUAAAGCAAUAACUGCCCCCCCGGAAUAUUCAGUACCCCCCCUGCUAAAUGAGGCAAAUAUUCGUUUCAAAAUUUAAUUUUCUUUGAUUACAUAUAGUAUCCGAAAAUGUAUGAUGAUAGUCAGCCGUUAUUCAAUUGUUAUCAAAGAGCUCAUCAGAAUACGUAAGUAAAUAACGUAAAAAUAAUUCCUCAUUUACUGGCAUAUUCUGUACUAUACGGGGGAGGUUCUUGUUGGAAUAGAGAGUUUGAGCAAGACAACGAAGACGAAGGCAUACUUGACAAUUUUUGCCGUCUGUACAUUAUCUUGCGCAUACUGAGUUGGACGUCACUGGUGGUUGCACAACGUGUCUUCCCAUGUGUCGCUGUUUAUGAAUACUGACCAUAAUUCUUGCCCUGAUCCAGAAAAAAACAGCGAGACAUGAAACUAUAUCCCGUCUUUGUCCUUCUGCCUUCGUGCAGAACGAAGUUCACAACGAAUUUUGCCAAAAUAUUCGUUGUGAACGAAGGCAGAAGACGAAGGCGGGAUAUGGAUUCAUGUCUCGCUGUUUUAUCCUGAUCAGGGUAAGGAUUUGGGUCAGCAUUCACAAACAGCUAGACAUGAAUCUCUAAUCUGUCUUCACUCCUGACCCUAAACUCAGAAUGCGCAAGAUAAUGUGCAAGACAGGCAAAAAUUGUCAACCACUUCGUCGUCGUCCGACUUCGUUGUCUUGCUCAAACUCUCUAAUAACAAAUCGUGGACCGGACGAGCGACAAACGAGUGAGUGCGAAUUGACAAGUUUUUCGAGUACUCGUUCGACUCUCUGCUCGCGCGCAAAUUCAAGAUGUAGACUAUCAUUCACAUAUUCGAACAUGAGUUGUUCACGACAGUUGCAACCAAGUGGAAAAUCAACCUUGUUUGCGCGCUUGGACAAGUAUAAAGUUACGUUCUGAUUUUAAAACUUUACUCUUUGUUUUCAGCCUGGAGAUGUAUCCUCAGUUCUUGAUGCUCCUGUUCGUUGGAGGAUUGAGACAUCCUGUAAGAACAACGUUUGCCUAAAACUGUCUCAUGCAAACUGCUUACAACUUGAAUUCUAAGUUCUUUGUAUGUUUGCAUGGUGAUAAAAUAUAAUAGGUUUUGUUUGUGGAAACACCACGUAAAUUUAUUACUGCAAAGCUUUCGAUCCGUAAGCCCGGAUCUUCAUAUUAUUAGCACUGAUGAAGAUCCGGGCUUACGGAUCGAAAGCUUUGCAGUAAUAAAUUUACGUGGUGUUUCCACAAACAAAACCUAACUUGAAUUCUACUAUACGUAAAUCAAUCCCGCGACUCACGCACAACAACGUAUGUGAGUUGUAUGUUGAUUUACACAGUUCAACUCAAGUUGUGAGCAGGUUGCAUGCGACAGUUUUAGGCAAAAGAUGUGUAGUGUAAAUUGGUUUUUAGCUUUCAAUGAUAUUGUUCCGUGAAACGUCAAAUACAUUGUACUCUAGUGUGUAAUAAACUUGCUUGGUUUAUCGUUGUAGUGCAUCAGUUCAAUCGCUGGAAUUGUCUGGAUUAUAUCUCGAUUUUUUUAUGCCUUCGGAUAUUACACUGGAGGUACAUUGUUCCAAAUGGUUUCAUAUUGCUUUAGAAUUUAUAUAUAGAGCUAUAGAGCCUCAUUUUCGUGUUCGCGACGUUAGUAAAGCAUAACGUGUCAAUCACGAAAGCGAGGCUCUAUAGCCAAGAUGACGUACUUCCGGAAGCGUGUAUUUGAAGGUGCAUGAACAAGAUGCAUAUUAUUGUGUUUCAGAUCCAAAAAAUCGUAUGCGUGGCUCUUUUGGCUACGGUGGAUCCAUUGUUCUGAUAUUAUGUGGUGUGUCUACCGCUCUGCACCUGCUUCUUGGCUGAAUAUCACUUCCUGCAUCUUGUCUUAUUUGGUACUCACACUAAUUAUUACAUCUUCCGAAUAUUGUACGUGCUUGCAAGAAUGUGAAACAGUUCAAAACGACGUCACGGACAUAGUUACCUUACGGUGAACACGCGACAUGAGCUUGCUAUUUUCAUGUUAAUUUCUGUGAAAAGACUGCUAGGCUAUUAGCUCGCUAAACAUUGUUAUAGACAUUUCUUUUUUAUCUUAUCAAUUAAAACGACGAGGCACCUUAUCAAAAUGUCUGAAUCUGUUUGUUUUAUAGAAUGACAAUAAAAAUAGAUACAAUCUCACUAUCCUGCAGGUGUUUCCAACAGGAAAGUACUAAAGAAACAAAAUUGCAAACUUGCUUUUGAUCGACAAGUGCAGCAACAAUGCAAGGUCACUUUUUCUAUAUUUUUUCUUUUUGCGCAUUUCUUUUUGUGAAUGUAAGAUAUUUGAAAGGUAGGUUGUACACUUGAAUAUAUGGUUUCAUCUUCAAGUUUGACUAGAAGCAUGCCGUAGCAAGUUACUCGGUGUAGAUGCGUUUUUUCCGGUCAUGCUUUUUGUCAUGACAACGGUCCAUUGAAAGAGCAAAAAUAGAACGAACUUAGAAUGAGCAAACAGUAUCAAUAUACGGUUGAAACUUUUUGUAUUGUAGAGAAACGGAAAAACGCUAGUAAUGCGCUAAUUCGCACUAAUUGUGGCUGUUAACCGUUAUUAACAGUCCAAUCACAUCACUUUGCGAGCUUGACUGUGUAUGUGAUGCAACUACGCCGUCAAAAUAAGAACCAACUUCGACGUUACGAGCGAAGGCACUUCAUCUGGAAGUGUGUUCUUCAAUCUUGACACCCAACAUUCAAGUAUUAAUAAUAUUAGUACGCUAGUUGUAAUUGCAUUAUUGAUUAAUAAUAAUAUAAUAAUAAUAAUAAAAGUCUUUAUUUGAAUACUCAAAACAAACGUCUGAGUUUACAUUAUUUACGAAUACUACAAUUAGAUUGUUAUACAGUUAUUUACAUCAAUUUUUAGUACUUUAGGUAUAAGAAUAUAGAUAGUUUAUAUAAAAUUGAAAGUCUUUUCAAUCUAUUUAUAAACGCGUUUUUGAACCUCUCAGUUUUAACAAUUGGGAGUUCAAAGUCAUGACCUCUCCGUCUUAAAAGUCGAUUUAAUUUGCUAGGAUUUAAUUUAUAUGGGCGAUCUUUUGAAUCAAGUUCUUGUUACUAAACCCAAAUUGCUGGGUAAUUUAUUUCAGCUUCUCAAGAUCAGGUUCCAGAGAUCAUAUGUAACGUCAUAUGGAACGGUACUGAUUCACUAUCAUCAGGGUAUGUAAAAAGCGAACUAUUCCAAUUUUAAAGAACCUAAGUACACCUGACGAUUUUUUUCUAUGUUUUAGCGAUGUGUUAUCUUAUAAUGUGUGUAUCAAUCACGCAAUGUCUUCACAUGCAAAUGCAUCUAAUGUUCGUUUACGAUGGAUGUUUCCCAACAAUCUGAAGUUUCAGACUUUAAACCAAAGUGUGGGUCCUAAAAUUAGCAUCGAGGUCUAUUCUUCGUAUUUUGACGUACAGGUAAGAAAAUUAAUGCGUUGAACUGUAAACUAAACUAACUUUGUUUCUAGUGGAUACUCUAUCUGUUCCAGGAGUCCAGUAAGGGAAAUCCUUUAUUUGUCUAGCGUUAAAGUGAGUAAUUUGGAGUGUGCUAACCAUCCUUACUUGCAGCUGAGAGCUAAGCUGAAAUGUGAGGCAUGUACUAAAGACCGUUUUCCACUUCAACCGUACCGAAACGUAUAAAAUUUUUUUAAAAUUUAGUGAAUGUCGAUUGCGACAUUACGUACUUACGACAUUACGUACUUACGUAGUACGCCAAAAAGUUGACUUGCGACGAACUUUUCAUUUUGAUACGCGAAUACAUUGAAUACACCCGGAAGUACGUGAAUUUAUCAACCUAUAUUCAAUCCACGCAUGCUCGCCAGUACGUUUCGGUACGGUACGGGCGAAAUGGAAAACGGCCUAAAAAGCCGGAACUGAAAGAAACGAAACCACCAAGUUUGGUGGAGAAUGUGUUCUGUUUUGAUUUUCCGGUCGUUUCCGUUUUCUCGUUUCGUUUCGACUGGUUUCAGUGGUUUCGUUUCGUUCCGGGUUUUAGCACAUGCCGAAUUGCGAAGGACGCAGCUGGACCUGAGCGAGUCGAAAGCUUUCUAAGGGCGCCUCUGCCAGUCACCUUAUGACUCAUGUCAGAUCACCGAGCACAGCUACGGUGGGAAGUGGAGAAGAAACAGGUGUACAUGCAGAAAACUUGCGGUGUUUGGUAGAAUCAAAUGAGAACACUCCCUAUAGUUAUCAGGGUCAGACAUGAGAACACUCUUCUCUAUAGUUAUGGUCAGACAUGAGAACACUCUUCUCCAUAGUUAUGGUCAGACAUGAGAACACUCUUCUCUAUAGUUAUGGUCAGACAUGAGAACACUCUUCUCUAUAGUUAUGGUCAGACAUGAGAACACUCUUCUCUAUAGUUAUGGUCAGAUAUGAGAACACUCUUCUCUGUAGUUAUGGUCAGACAUGAGAACACUCUUCUCUAUAGUUAUGGUCAGACAUGAGAACACUCUUCUCUAUAGUUAUGGUCAGACAUGAGAACACUCUUCUCUGUAGUUAUGGUCAGACAUGAGAACACUCUUCUCUAUAGUUAUGGUCAGACAUGAGAACACUCUUCUCUAUAGUUAUGGUCAGACAUGAGAACACUCUUCUCUAUAGUUAUGGUCAGAUAUGAGAACACUCUUCUCUGUAGUUAUGGUCAGACAUGAGAACACUCUUCUCUAUAGUUAUGGUCAGACAUGAGAACACUCUUCUCUAUAGUUAUGGUCAGAUAUGAGAACACUCUUCUCUGUAGUUAUGGUCAGACAUGAGAACACUCUUCUCUAUAGUUAUGGUCAGACAUGAGAACACUCUUCUCUAUAGUUAUGGUCAGACAUGAGAACACUCUUCUCUAUAGUUAUGGUCAGACAUGAGAACACUCUUCUCUAUAGUUAUGGUCAGAUAUGAGAACACUCUUCUCUAUAGUUAUGGUCAGACAUGAGAACACUCUUCUCUAUAGUUAUGGUCAGACAUGAGAACACUCUUCUCUAUAGUUAUGGUCAGACAUGAGAACACUCUUCUCUAUAGUUAUGGUCAGACAUGAGAACACUCUUCUCUAUAGUUAUGGUCAGACAUGAGAACACUCUUCUCUAUAGUUAUGGUCAGACAUGAGAACACUCUUCUCUAUAGUUAUGGUCAGACAUGAGAACACUCUUCUCUGUAGUUAUGGUCAGACAUGAGAACACUCUUCUCUAUAGUUAUGGUCAGACAUGAGAACACUCUUCUCUAUAGUUAUGGUCAGACAUGAGAACACUCUUCUCUAUAGUUAUGGUCAGACAUGAGAACACUCUUCUCUAUAGUUAUGGUCAGAUAUGAGAACACUCUUCUCUGUAGUUAUGGUCAGACAUGAGAACACUCUUCUCUAUAGUUAUGGUCAGACAUGAGAACACUCUUCUCUAUAGUUAUGGUCAGAUAUGAGAACACUCUUCUCUAUAGUUAUGGUCAGACAACUGCAUAUUGCAGGGAUGAACUAACCACUAAUACUUGUACUGUACCAUACUUUUAGGUCCCCUAUUUGUAUCAACAACAACAAGUCUGCUGUAAUUUGAUGUUUGUAUUUGAUCCUGACCUGUCUCUUUCUCCUGGUCGCCAUUUUAUAACAAUUCAUACCCAGCUGUCUUGGGAUGGUCACCCAAUAUUUGGCACGCGAUACACAAAUGAUUGGGGAACGUUAUCAUACAGCAUUGAAGUGCCAGGUAAAGUUACGUUACAUCAUGGGUAGUUAAGAUCCAUGAUUACAUAUGGCGAUUUGUCGGCCGAUUUUAGAUCCACUUUUAUGACAUUUGAAAAAUUCGCAGUGAACAUCAUCUGAAGCAAUUAGGAAUAAAAAAAUCAUCAUCAACGUUCAAUAAAACCUGAUUCUUCAAUGUGUUGAAGGUUGCUCUGCCGAACUGGGUGUCUCAAGUGGUUAUAUCAGAGAUCAUCAAAUGACAUCAUCAUCUCAUAUCAUUGGACAUGAACCAUUCAAAGCACGUUUGAGUGAGUAGAGAGCCAGUUAUCUAAGCUUGGAAUUAAUGCAUACCCAUCCAAACAUGCUGGACUAGGCAUACCCCCCCCCCCCAUUUGGAAUAAAUUUGAAAUCAGAUCUUUAUCUUCUAAAAACAGUCAAAAGAACACAUGUUUAAAAAUGCACUAAAAAAUGAAGAAAAUAUAUACGUCCGAAUGACGGGUGGACGGGCCUCUGGCUAAGUCCAUGUAAGCGCUGGCAUCAACUAAGCUUCAUUCAAAGAUUGGCUACCUCAACUUAAUAUGAUAAAUAAUAUCUACAGGCAUAUAUUUAUGGUUUAUUCUCGUUUAUCUGCCUAGAUAUCUCAGAUGGUUGGUGUGCUGCCGUGCUGGACGAGGCGCAGUUUCUUCAAAUAGACUUCAUUCACGAAGUGAGGAUCACCAAAUUAUUAGUUCAAGGAUUGAAUGCUCACGUUGGAGUUGAGCUGUUUGUCGUGGAAUAUUCUUUGGAUGAUAAAAACUGGAGAAACUAUACAGAAUAUGGCACGACUAGGGUAGGUAAAUAUCUAGUCGUAUCUGCUAUUGGAUGUUGGUUACACAGUGGUAAAAUGCGUGUGUCUCUCAUCUCUGUAACCACGAUUCCAUUCCUGCAAUAUGCAGUUGUCUCAUUAUAAUUUCACCUCGGUCCUAUAUCAGAAGAGUGCUUCCAGUUUGACUCUACCCUGCAGCCUAGUCCCAGGCCUUCUCGCUUGACUGGAUCCCCAGGAGACUCCCUCAUCGUACCUGCAAACCUUGUUAAAAUACCACCCUAAAAUAGUAAGGCGGAAGCGAAAAAGCGAGGAACAGGCCAUUCCAGCUUUUAGUUUAUGUGUGCAGGGGACAAUGGGACGUAAGGUAUCACAUUGGUGAUUAUGCUGAAAAAAUAAAAAUGGUGGCCGUGUAAACACGGAGUGAUAGCUUACCAGAUGAUCUUGAUACGCGGAAAAGUACUGGCACUAGUUGUCAAAUAGAAAUCCAUUUUAUGAUUAAAACAACUGAAUAUCUCCUGUAAUGUACUUUAUUUCGAUUCCAUAUUUUUGUCAGAGCUAUAGUUCUCAUAGCCAAACAUACUUACGAAAUUUCAACUAGUUUCAUAAAGAAUAACGAAAGAUAUAAUUGACUGAAUACAUCAAAAUGGAUUUCUAUUCGGACAACCCUUUCUGAGCGCUGAUUGGCUAAAAUACGAACACGAGAUCACCUGGUAUACUUGUAAAUAUUGAAAUAUUUCGGUUGUUUCGGUAGUUUUUAUUGAAAUUGUUCAGCAUAAUCAGCAAUAUGAUACCUUACUUCCCAUCAUCCCCUGCAGGCAUAAACUAAAAGCUGGAAUUGCCUACUAGGCUGUCUAUCCUGGAGGUUUUCUGUGGGUACUUCCGUUUCCUCCUGUAGUACCGUAACACUAUCAUUUAAGGAUUGUCUUUUACUAGAAUUCUAGGGGAGGGAAAGAUAGAGAUAGCCAGUCUAAAUUUUCCCCUGUAGUAAUACUCGAUCCAUAAUGGAUUGCUUUUACUGGACCUCUAGAAGAUGGGGUGAUGGAGAUAUCCAGUCUAAAUAGCGUACGUUUAGUUUAGGAUCAAAAUUUUAAUUGAUCUUUUUUUAAAAUGAUAUAAUAUUUUUAUUUUAGAUAUUCAACCACACACUCAGUGAAGAUUCAGGCGUCAUUCAUUGGUUGGCAAAACCAUUCAAGGCUUAUAAUGUACGCUUGCGGCCAACAAGAUGGAACACUUCUAUAUGUUUAAAAGUUGAAAUCUAUGGUUGUGAAAAUUUGAAAACACAAGGUAUAGAUACCCUGUCAGUUUUAAACUGUUCUUAGACAUUCCGAAAAUCUGAUCACAAAAAUUUGAUCAAAAAUAUCUGAUCAAAAAAAAAAUCUGAUAAAAAAAAUCUGAUAAAAAAAAUUUGGGAAAAUAUGAUCGUAGACAUUCUAGCAGCAAUCUAAGUUACAGCCUUGCUUAAGUUUGUUGAUUUAACCCUUAAAUUAGCUUUCCUCCCCAUAUAGCUUCUUGUAUCUUGCCCCUUGGAAUGGAAUCUGGCUUUAUCACAGACGAAGCUCUAUCUACACGGCAGGGUACGAGCAAUCGCUAUGAUAGCAGGCUAAGAAAGGAGGCGAACGAAUUUGGGGGUUGGCUGGCUAGCCAUGUUGCCGGUGAAGACUAUCUACAGAUUGACCUGGCAGUGUUGUACUCCUUCACAAAAAUUGCUGUAGAAGGUCAAUGGAGUGAAACUGGCAUGGCGAACAAUUUUGUUAGAAAAUACACUGUAAUGAUCAGCAACGAUAGUUUGGUGUGGCAGAAUUAUACAGAGAAUGGCAAAUUGAAGGUAUUUUCGUUUGAAUAUUUUUACUCAGCUUUCUAUGUCAAAGUACUUGACUCUGUCUGACUGAAGACUAAACUGUACUAUACUGAUUUUUUCUGUGUUGGUGUUGUGUACUCAGGUGAAUAAUAUGAUGUUUGUGAUGUUACUCUGAUAAUAUCAUGAUUGCAGGUAUUCCCUUUGUUCUCGCAGGGCAAUUAAUAACUAAUACACCUCAUUAUAUUCAUUUUUUCUAAUCCUACCCGCUUUUACGUCAUGUCAGGUAGAAUUAGUUCUAAUCCUACCCGAAACGACGUCAAAGCGGGUACGAUUAGAAAAAAUGAAUAUAAAUGAAGAUAUCUGAAAUCGCCAAAACUAAACAAAGACAGGGAAAACAAUUAUACCAUUUAAUUUAUACUAAAUGACCCUCAUCGAGCGGCGCCCAAGGGAAUUAUACUAAACGACCCUCAUCGGGCGGGACGUUUUAAUAGCUAAUUCGCUUCUUUUUAUGCUAUUACUUAUAAGUGUACAUCCACACCGGGCGAGCUUGAAAAAUAUGCCCGGCCACGGUGGGAAUCGAACAGAGCUAUACUGGCUAGCUCUGUCAGUCUGAUCUCUCUGAAGUAUGUUUUUCUUCCAGAUAUUUGAUGGACCAACAUCUUCCUCAGCAGCUAUCUAUCCUACGUUUGUAAAACUUGCAGAACCGGUUGUGACUCGGUAUAUACGAAUAUUACCUCGAAAACAAUCAGACCCGUUUCAUGUGAUGAGGCUGGAAGUUUAUGGUUGUCUUAAGGAGCCUAUGCCUUCAUAUUUUGGUAAGCUGUGACCAAUACCAUACCAUGCCAUAAUAUGCAAUACCAUACCAUAUCAUUGCACAGUGUAGCAUACCAUAAAAUACUACACCACACUAUACCAUACCAUACCACGCCUUACCAUGCCAUAUCAUACUAUACCAUGCCUUACCACACUAUACCAUGCCUUACCAUCACUACCGUAGGAAGUAAAUUUGUAUUGGGGGGGGGGGCUGAUUAGUCAGGGGCGAUUAUUAGGUCAUUAUUUCCCUCUCAAACGUCACAGAUUAUCGCUAGUUUACAAAUUAUUGAGGGGGGCUAAAGCCCCCCCAUUUCCCCCGGUUGCUACGGCCCUGACCAUGCCUUACCAAUGCCAUGCCAUGCCAUGCCAUGCCAUACCUACAAUACCAUGCGAUAAAUAGUAUCUUGUUUUUAGUUCCAGAUGAUUUUUCUCGUCGUUCAUAUCUCCUGAACAACUUAACUGGCGACUUUUACGUCUGCCUCUAUAGCGAUGACAGGUAUGAAUCUACAAAUAAUUUUGUAGCGUAGCGAAUUGGAUAAAAAUAUUUUAGUCUUGUGCAUAUCUUUCUUAUUUUAUAGAACUAAAAGCAGUUGCCAAUAUACCAGAGAUGGUUACACCUGGAAAAGUAAGUUACCCAAAUCAAGAAUGUUUAAUCCGUGUUAGCAGUGGCGAAAUAAUGCAGCGCGAUUCAUAUCUCCAUGAAUACAGCGCGAUUCCCCCUGCCCCCCAACCCCCUCCACCCUAGUGUCCGCCGCUGCAUGUUAGUCUAGAAAUGGCUGAUUCGUUUGGACGAACUUGAGCAAAGAAAAGAUAGCUCGCAAUUCGUCUGUGUGUAAAUGCGACAAACAGAUGGGACUCUCCCUCAAAACCAUAGGCGUACCGGGCGGGGGGGGCGGGGGGGGGGGCGGCAGCCCCCCCAGUUUUUUGGGCAGUCGGGCAAUAUUCGAUAAACAGUCGGGCAAUUUUGGUAUGCAAUAAAAAAAAAUGGGACAAAUUCUGUUAAUUUUGUCUAAAAUUAAUUCAAUUUUUUGGCAAAUGUUGCGAUUUUUCGAAAAUUUGUGUUAUGUUCCGAAAAAUAUUGGUUGUCCGAAAAUUUUUUUUGACCCGUAAAAUGGUACACUGACCGAAAUUUUUUUGGCGACGGGAGGGGGAGGUCGCCAAAAUAAUUUUUCCGGAAAAAAUUUUUUGGUAGUCGGGCAGAAUCCCGAAAAGUCGGGCAAUUUUCUUACCGCCCCCCUAAUUUUUUCCUUCCGGUACGCCCAUGCUCAAAACAGACUAUUCGUGUAGUUGGUCUCAAACACUUUGAUCUACAACGCAGAACUGGCAUGGAUGUAUGGCAUUAGACUAACUAACAAGUCUUGCAAGCCUUUGACUGAGCUGUAAGGAAAAUGUUCAUAUAAGAAUGACUUGGUUGUUUGUACAGAGUUCAAUCAAAAGUUUGCAGUGAUGGAUUUUGAAAUGCUUUGAAACUGACGUAAAAUACUACCGAAUAAUUAUGUAUCAGCAUGCCUGUGCCAGAUUUGACAAGGAAUCUAUCAUGACACAGUAUGGUCAAUUUGAGACGUCCAGCAUGCCCUAGCCAAGCCUAGCAUACCUCAGCAUGAAGGGUAAAUCAAUUGCGGCGCCAUAGCCAAAACAUCACAGCAUUACUGAGCAUAGUAUGGAGUAAGAAGAAGAUGUAUUAGUUGUGCUAAAAAUCUGACACAGUUAUUUAACGUAAUUUAUAACAAGACCGCAAUGACUGAAAAAUAAACAUUUGGAUAAAUAGACAAGAGAAUUUUAGGUUAAUAUGCUUCUCCAGUAUUGGUACCAACUGACAUACAACAUGUUUUAUUUUAGAGUUGAGCAAACGCAUAGUAAAAGUUUUGGCUCUUGACUCUCGUAACUUUGCGAUAUAUGGGCUGGAUCGAUCAAAUAGUUAUCUACGACUUUCUGGGAAUGACUGGACUGUCAUCUCUCUCAAGCAAUGGGAGAGAGUGCAAUUGUCAUUAACUGUGAUACUAGCCAGAGAUGUGCCUGAAAAUCUUCUCAGAAAAGAUCAUAUUGGAGGAGAAAUCUAUGAAUCCAGCAAUGGUUAUCAGUGGGCAGGUAACAGGUCUUCCCAUGUCAUAAAGAAUCAUUUCAUAGACAUAUCAAGUAUAAGUAGAGUUAGUGUAGACUUUCUCAAUGAAUUAUAUUUCAUUAUUUUCUUUAGUUUCCCACCCUGGUGUAAAUAUGAAAAGUCCUGGGGGAAAUUGGGUCCUAGUAGCCACAUGGAAAUGCUGUAAUCAUUGA